GCCGUUUGAUGACCUAAAGUGGCGCUCCAGUGAAGUGUCAUCCUGACACUAUGAAGCCUUUAGCUGUGGUGUGCCUAUUUCUCCUGACUGGGGCCGGACUAACCUCUGCUGAGGAAAAAGCGCUGCAGUGUUACUGUGAGCGCUGUGCCAACUCCAGCUGCACCACCGAUGGCAUCUGCUACGCCGUCAUCCAGAAGAGGGGCAGCAGGCUGACCGUCGAGAACCCCCAGUGUGUGCCGGACUACGAACUGGUCCCCCGACAACGGCCCUUCAUCUGUGCCCCGUUAGAAAUCAUAGGCAUGUACCCGUUGUGCUGUACCACGGACUACUGCAAUAAAGAGCCCUACCUAGGAACCCUGGAGCCCACGGUCAUCACAGUGGCAGAAGGGAGUGAUGUUGCUCUGCCCUGUUCCCCCGGCACACAGCAGGACAUCGAGUCCAAGACAAUUGACUGGGAGAAAGGUGACGGUCAGCAGGAGGUGUUCUUUUAUGACGCAGGCGUUCAUCACUAUAACGGCCAAUCGGGUCAGAGUGAGCAGUUCAAAGGUCGAGUCUCACAUUUUCCGGACCAACUGAAGAAUGGAAACGCCUCCAUCAUGAUCAGAAAUGUGAACGUGGCUGACAGUGGAGACUACACCUGCUUUCUUACCCGUCUUCAAACACCUCAGAUAUUCUACAUUAGGCUUGUUGUUGCUGCGUCCCCCAGACCAUCCAUCGCUGCCGAUCACACAGAGGAUGGCGUCCUGCUGCAGUGUGAAGUUCGAGGUGCUUCUCCAAAACCGAGAGUAGAGUGGCAGGACGGAGCUGGACACGUCCUUCCUGCUGGGGAGCCUCAGGUCUCAGAAAGAGAAGGCCGCUACUACGUCACCCUCCACGCCGCUGUGACCGAGACCGGCCACUAUCACUGCGUGGUCACGCAAGAGCAAAUCCACCAUCAGACUGAGGCUGACACCUAUGUGAAGAUCCAUGGUGAGAAUCUUCUGAGGGACAUUCUCAUAUUUCAAUAA